UUUAGGACUAAUCCUAAAUUUUGUCAAGUAUUCAUUUUAGUCCUUCGUCAGUUACACUUCCCUUCUAUUAUGGAAAGUAAUGGAAUUUUCCAUGGGAAAGCUAGCAAGCAGCUUGGUCCCCAGCAUCGCUAGAGGACUUCCAAUUCUGCUAGUGGAUCAUGACACAACAUCUCUCAUGUGUCUAGCAUCCAUGCUAGAACAAUACUCAUACAAGGUUACAACAACUGAACGAGCAACCGUUGCAUUGUCCAUGAUUCGAAAACAAAACGACCGCUUCAAACUUGUCAUGGCCGAUAUCAACAUUCCAGACAUGAACAGCCUUCAAUUUCUGCGUCUACUUAAUACAAAUAACAUGCCAGUCAUAUUAAUAUCUUCGGAAAGAAGCAUGAGUGUUGCAUAUAAAGCCUUAGUGGAUGGAGCAUGCCUUCUUAUGCAAAAACCAAUUUGCUUUGAUGAUCUCAAGUACGUGUGGCAACUUGCGUACCAGAAGGAGAAAUGUGACUGGAGAAAUGAAACUAUGAAGCAAGUAUGUCCGAAAAGAGUAAGUACUGGAAAGGAAUGUAAAGGCAUCAACAUCAAGGUAGCUGCAAGUACUGAUAACAUUAAAAAGAAGUCUAGACCCGAUCAAGUUACCAACUAUCAACUAUCAGUUAAGAACCGUUUUCAAGGGGACGAUGAGUUGGCUGAAGUGAGUAGUAUUAUUAUGGUGGACAAUCAUGUUCCCAUGGUGAAUAACAACGCUAAGAUUAAUACGGUAGAGGUGUUAGUGGUGGAAGGACGAAGAAAUGAAGAAUUGAAUAUGAAUGAACAUGAUAAAGAAGGAAGACAAGAAAAGAGAAUGAAAUCAAACUCUGAAUUACAUGCUGAAACUAAUAAAAAUAAGGAGAUGGCCGGAGAGGGGGCAGAGGAGGAGGAGAACAACCAAAAUCUAAAUAGUGCUGGUGGUGGUACAGCUACUGGAAAGAAGCCGCGGUUUGUUUGGACUGAGGAACUCCAUCUUAAGUUUACAGCAGCCAUUGAUGCAAUUGGGGAUAAGUAUGUUGGUCCAAAAGCAAUAUUGAAGAUGAUGAAUGAGCCUAAUUUGACUCAAAGACAGGUUGCCAGCCAUCUGCAGAAAUACAAAGCUCGAAUGCAGAGGAUUUGCCCCAACGGGACAAAUAAUUCACCACAAGAAGUUAGCAAUUUUUCUGCCUUAGCUGGAUCAUUCCAUUUGCUGGACAAUAGCAUGUCUGUCCCGUCUCAGCUGGGACACAACAGCCGUAACUUCUCAACUGGAGGUAAUGCAAUUGAUCUCUGUAUAUAUUGUUCUGGAUUGUGUAUCAAUACUACUGUCCAUACCAGCUUUAGAACAAUCAACCACAAUUCAAUAUCUUUGCAUUUUUCCUAACUAAAACCAUAAGUGCAACCUGUACAAAAGGGAAUGAAUGUGACUGAGUUGUUCCUUUUUCUGCAGGAAAUAAUGUGUAUCCUAAUCUGCCUCAGGAAGUGCUUCCAGAUUCAAUUGCUGCUACCGGUUUGUUUUAUCAGAAUCAACAGUUUCCAGAUCUGCAUGAAGAUAUGAAAGUAAAUCAAGGUUUUACCU